CUCGUGGUUUUGCUGCGUUGCGUUACAAGACGUCCUCACAAAUCUCGAGAAUGUUUUAGGACGAGCACGGUGAUGUGCCUUGUUCGCUUUUAUAACGUUUUUAUGUGAAGACUUGACUAGUUUGUAUACAUACCCGUCAAACUUAACGAUUCAGUGUUAGAAGUUCUUCAAUCAGAUUUAAAUUGUAUCGGAAAAUGGGUGGCUAAUAUCGUCAAACGGCAUGACAGUAUAAAAAUAAUUAACCACCACAGCGGGAUAUUAAAAGGAUACUAUAGGAGCAUAAUAAGUGUUUAAAAUUUUGAAAUGAAUAAGAUUUAUGAUUGCGAUGUAAAAUUGUAUGCUAUUAAAUGACGGAUGUUUUCGGAAAUGCAGAUGUAUACGUAGCAGGUUAAAAGUGUUUCUGUUCGCUAUGAGUGUCAGCGUGUUGUUGUCCGUGACAGGACUUCUGAUGCUAGCGUCUGUCCACCCCAGCCGGACAUUUGCCAAGUCAGUCGACACAGAUGACGCCGUCUUCUCCGCGAGAAGCUCAUUCGAGGGCAAUGGGGACGUAACUAUAGACAACAUACACGCCACUGACCGACAUAUUACCGACACCGACAACACUAAAGAUGAUUUAGUACUGGACGAUUUUAAAAAUGAAUACCAUAUAAGCAGAGAUAUUGAUUUUCAAGUAAGGAAUAAGACAAAACGCCUACCGCAUGCACUUAUUAUUGGAGUUAAAAAGGCAGGAACCCGGGCUCUUUUGGAAUAUCUUCGUUUGCACCCUGACGUUAGGGCUCCAGGGCCUGAGACCCAUUUCUUCGAUAAACACUAUGACAAGGGCCUGAAAUGGUACAGGAGCCUGAUGCCGGAGACGUACAAAGACCAGCUGACCAUCGAGAAGACGCCAUCUUACUUCGUUACCAAGGGUAUCCCAGAACGUGUGUAUCGCAUGUCAAAAAAGACCAAACUCAUUGUAGUGUUUAGAGACCCCGUGACUCGUGCAAUAUCCGACUAUGCUCAGCUUGCCAGUCGAAAUCCAUCCGUAAAGUCGUUCGAUGAGAUGGUGUUUAUAAACAACGAAACUCGAGUUAUUGACACCUCUUGGACGCUAGUGAAGAUAGGCUUGUACGCCCUUCAUUUAUCUCGCUGGCUCGAGUACUUUCCUCUCAACCAGAUGCUGUUUGUAAGUGGAGAGGACCUCAUUAGAGCCCCGGCAUCUGAAAUGAGACGUGUGCAACAAUUCCUAGAAUUAAAGCAACAUAUCACCUCUGAUAAUUUUACGUAUAAUUACACCAAAGGCUUUCCGUGUUAUAAGAAAGACUCGUCAAAGUCGAGCUGGCAUUGCCUGAAUGAAGAAAAGGGGCGCCAGCAUCCACAUAUAGAACCCUCCGUGCGGCAACGUCUACAGGAUUUCUACAGACCCUUCAAUCAUAGACUAUUUUCAAUGGCAGGGAGAGACUUCAACUGGUCUUAAUAGAUAGUUCGUUUCAAUUCAAUCCAAGUGUUGCUUGAAACUCACAUAUUUCAUCCAUUGAAAGCAUUCAAGUACAUUUCCAUAUCGUUUCACUUUAUUUGUUAAGGGCCUUUGCGGAAGAGACGUUUGAGAAUAUUGGUUUGCUUAGAUCUGAAAACUGCACAUUUCAUAUUCGUGUUUGAAGUAAUUAACGCUUCUGUACCACUACUUAUAUUGUUUACACGUGUUCGUUCUUUCCAAAACACACGUGCAUAAUUUGCAAUACAAGAGGUUAAUCUUUUGUCAAGGGAUUUAUACUUAUACAUUUUACCUCUUGAAACUUAUCCGACAUCAUCAUUUAUAAUCUAUUACUUAGACUGUUUAAAGAAUUUAGUUUUGCAGCAAAGAACAGUAACAUCUUUGCAGCAAAGAACAGUAACGUCUUUGCAGCAAAGAACAGUAACGUCAUAUUUCACGCCCAGAAAGUGCCUAAUAUUACAAAAUGUACAUGUUUACACUGUUUGCAGACGAGGGCGAAUAACAAAAUAUACUUACACACUAUUUUUGGACGGCUUAAUGCAAUUGAACUGUACACAUGCGUUAUGUUAUAUCAUAUAUUAUGAGUAUUACAUAAACAUAUUUUAACAAAAUACGAACUGACAUGACGAAAUCGUGUUAAUAUCUUGUUAAGCUUUUUUAUUGGGUCACACAAAAAGAGUGUUCAUGACUGAAUAUAUUAAUUGAAUAUCCAGUGUAACGUUGAUGAUUGUGUUAAAUAGAGAAUAUUUUGACAAAAUAUUGUAAUUGUUAUUACAUGACGAGAUUUGUUUUAAUUAUGUAUCUUGUAUAAUAUUUGUGAUUGUAUAAACGUAUUUAUGGUAUUUGAAUACUUAUUAAAGUAUAUGACG